AUGAGUCUCCUCAGAACGGGGCACCGAUUGGAAAAACCUGACCUGUGCUCGGACAACUUGUAAGCCAUGAGAAUUCCCAGGCAUCAUAUUAUUAACUAGUAAACAAAAAAUCGCGUUCAUUCAAAAUAUUUUUCCGUUUAUGACGGAAUAAUCUUCCCACCUGACCAAGAACCUAACAAAAUAGAUUUCAUCAGAAAAGGUCCUUGUAACCCUCCCUCAGUUCACUCCCGCUUGUCCAAAUUUCGGGAAAAAGAAAAAUUGGCUAGAAACGGGUAUCAGGUUUGCUAAAUAGAACGGAUUGCCACCCAAUUGUGUAAAAACGGGCUUUAAACAAAAACCUAAAAAAAUAAAUAAACACUAUGGGUUUAGUAUCCAUCCCAUCCUUGUUCAUCUGAGGGUUAAAAAAUGUGUUUUUGUUAUCUGUUAGUUACGCUUUUAUGAUGGAGUGCUCGAAACAGAACCCGGAUGAACGACCAAGUUUUCAGGAGCUGGUUGGAAGGCUGGAAGGAACCAUGACUGAGCAAGUACCUUGA